AGUUCCAACGAAUCCUUCCUAUUUCUCUCUCUCUCUCUCUCUCCUCGGUCAAACCGCCCUUCUCUCUCUCUCUCUCUCUCUCUCUCUCUCUCCGGGAUGGGCGAAGAGGGGAGUGGGGCAGAGGAAAUAAUUGCGGGAAUUUUCUUUUUUCUCUUUUCCUUUUACCGAUAGAUGCAAACCCAUGAUUUGAUUCUGCUUCUUCUCUCUCUCUCUCUCUCUCUCUCUCUCGCACACUAAAGUUUUGUGUUUCCAAUUCGCCUUCUCUGCUCCUGUGUUUAUUUGGGGAAACCAAUCAUUGUUCUCUGUAAGGCCCUCUUGCCUCUUUGUUAUUGAGUAAAUUAAAAAUCCUUGCAUUGUGGCCAACGUAUGUAAUCUGUGUCUCAUUUUCCAAAUUGAGCAAGUUUCAUUUGCUGAGGGGAGAAAAACAAGGCGAUUAUGUCCGAAGAAGAUGAUGGUAUUGCCAUGAUCAGUGAGUGGGCACCUCCGGAUCCUGAACAAAGGGCUUUGAUGUCGGAAUAUGUUGCGCGACCAAUCUCUUCUCUUGUUGUAGAGAAAGGAAGUGAUGGCCCUGCUGAUGGAUCGGAGAAUCAAAACGCAGUUGCCCGUUCGACGGAAGAAGAAGAUGUUUUCGGUCACAAAUCCAACAACCAUGGAAGACUUGCUGAGAGAAUGGCCGCGAGGGCCGGAUUCAAUGUUCCGAAACUUAACAUGUCUCACAUUCCGCUAAACAAUAUAGUGGCAUCAUCCUUGGAAGCUCAAUCUCCUUAUCUGACGAUUCCGCCUGGUCUCAGUCCGACAACACUGUUGGAUUCCCCGGUUUUUCUAUCCAAUGCUCUGGGUCAACCUUCACCAACUACAGGCAGGUUUUCCUUCCUUGAGAGUGGCAAUGCCGACCAAAUGAUGGUGUGUAUUCCUAAUAAAAUCCAAGAUUGUUCAGUUGAAGAUGAAACUGAAACUUUUUCCUUCAAGCCUCAUCUGGAACCACAAUCUUCAUAUUUUCUAAGUGCUGAAAACAAGGGUUCUUCAACCAUCAAUCAUAUGCAACCCUUGCCAAGUAUGGCUGUGUCUGUUCAGGCAGAAAACACUGUUCGAGCAGGACAAGAAGGAAGUCCUUUUAAUAACACAAAUCAGCGAAAAUUCAACCUUCAAAUUGACUCAUCUGAUCAAAAAGAUAUCUCCAGUAGUAACAUUCUUAAACAGAGUAUGCCUGAUUCCUUUCUGGCUAAUGAUCAAUCUUCACCUCCUGACGACCAUCAGGAUGGAGAGGCAGAUCCAAAGGGAGAACAGGCUUCAGCGGCCAUUGGAGCGCCAGCUGAGGAUGGAUACAAUUGGAGAAAAUAUGGUCAGAAACAAGUAAAACAUAGCGAGUUUCCAAGAAGCUACUACAAGUGCACUCACCCAAACUGCCCUGUAAAGAAGAAGGUCGAGCGAUCUCAUGAGGGCCAUAUAACGGAGAUAAUCUACAAGGGUAACCACAACCACCCCAAGCCGCCUGUAAAUCGCCGGCCUGGUGUUCCUUCUUCCCACCCAUUCACCGAAUCGCAAGUUGAUGGCACUGAGAAAUCUUUGUGGGCGAAUACUGAACAUGGAGCUCCUCAAGAUUGGGUCAGCGAUGCUGUAGAUGCAAAUUCAUCUGCUUCUGUUGCUGCUAAACUAUGUGAUCCGGCUGCUGCUGUUCAGUCUCAAGAUGGUGGUGCAAGAUUCGAGUCUGCAGAUGCUAUAGAUGUUUCAUCGACACUAUCCAACGAAGAGGAAGAAGAUGAUAGAGCCACUCAUGGAAGUGUGUCCCUGGCCUGUGAUGGUGAGGGAGAUGAGACCGAGUCCAAGAGAAGGAAGCUAGAUGCUUGUGCUAUCGAGAUGAGUGCGGCUUCGCGAGCAGUUCGUGAACCAAGGGUUGUGGUUCAGACGACAAGCGAGGUUGACAUUCUUGACGACGGGUAUCGCUGGCGCAAGUAUGGCCAGAAGGUGGUGAAAGGAAAUCCAAAUCCAAGGAGCUAUUACAAGUGCACGCAUCCGGGCUGCUCCGUUCGAAAGCACGUAGAAAGGGCUUCUCAUGAUCUAAAGUCAGUAAUCACAACCUAUGAGGGAAAGCACAACCACGAAGUUCCGGCUGCGAGAAACAGCAGCCACCCGAGCUCUACUUCUGGCGCAUCAGCUAUGGGAGCAUCGCAGUCUAACAGCAUGCAACGCAGACCCGAUCUGACCCAAGAUGGCUUGGUUCGGUUCACCAGUGUUGCACCUCUAGGCCCAUUGGGCCUCCCUCCGAGAGACCAUCUUGGGCCGCCAAGUUGCUUCUCGUUUGGUAUGGGCCAGCCGCGCCUGACAAACCUCCCAAUGCCUAAUUUUGUGCCCAUUGGUCUUUCGCCACCGAUGCAUGCUUAUAUAGGACAUGGCCAUGGUAUUGAUCCGGGGCUCAUGCUGCCGAAAGGAGAGCCCCAGGAGGAGCCCGUGUCGAAUGGGGGAUCAUCGGUUUAUCAGCAGAUGAUCAACAGGCUGCCUCUAGGACCUCAGAUGUAAAUAAGAAUAGGAGGGACUUGGUCUUUUUGUUGUUGUUUUUGUAUACCUGAAAAGCUAAAGAAAUGAUGUUGCUUGUGCUCUUCCUUUAUUUUCCCUUUUUUUUUUCUUUUUUUUUCUCUUUAACUUUAUCUACAGGUUACAGAAAAUGAGAAACACCAUUUGGUGUCACCUGUAGUAGAAUAUUCAAGCUAAUAGUUACAAGUUGAAGUACCAUACCUAUUGGAACUGUAUUUUGCUGAAGAUAAUAGAGUUUUCUUUCUUCCUCUUUUUCGAUCAAAA